UUUUCUUCUACCUCGCGGGCUGCCCAGCCUAAUUUCUAUGCCUUCCAGCAGCCCAGCCAUUGAUAAUCGUCCGCUCCGUCGCAGCACCUCUUGUCUCAGUCCGAUCCGCCUCUCCGUCGCAGCCUCUCUUGCCAUCAGCCACGUGUUCUAUUAUUUUCAAUACAAGGUUCAUAAGAUUACAUUUACUUCUCAAGAUCAACAUUGCACUGAGGGAGAGAUGGCGGUGAUGCAGAAGCUGAGGAUGUUUGUAGUGCAAGAGCCAGUUGUCGCAGCUUCUUGCCUCAUUGCUGGCGUCGGCCUGUUUCUUCCAGCUGUUGUUAGGCCCAUCCUUGACUCCUUUGAAGCAUCUAAACAAGUUCCCCCGCCCGCUUUAAGUGAUGUGGUUGCGGGUAUGACUGGAAAGAAAUAAGGGUGAUGGUGUUUGUUGCUGACAAAAUCUCAAAUGCCCCCUGCCUCCAUUGCACGUGAUUUUAUUCUCAUCAGCAAUGUAAUAAGCCUAACUGUCCCAUAUUCGGGGUGUAUUAAAUGAUACUAGUGGCGUAUCCAAAUCUUCUUAUUUGUGCAAGGCAUAUGAAUUAUGAAUGGUUAAGGUACACUUGAACCCUAACUAAUGCAUUCUUACAUUCAACUUGAAAAUCUAGGAUUUUGUAUCUCUUCCUUCUACAUUUUUGUUUCAAUUUAUGAAUGAGAAAUGUUUUGUCUAA